UCAUCAAUGGAUAGUAUAAUAUCACCGGAAGGGUGUGGUGUGGGCCGCGAGUCAGUGCUGAUGAACGGCCAGUGUUUCCGCUGGUAUGCAAACUAUACACAACAACAGGACAUACAGUUUGGACGAUCGGCCAAACCGGGAGAAGUGCCGUUUGCGGUAUAUAUUCACAAAUAUAAGAAACUAUGGAUAUUUCCUUACGGGGAAAGUAUGUGUUCGGGUUCAAUAUUAAAUAAUCGAUGGAUUAUAACAGCAGCACAUUGUAUAUAUAAAAAUGGUUAUUACGACAAAUCGGCAUUUACUGUAUAUCCCGGCGCCCAAUCACGCAAACACUUACCACUCGGUUAUAGUGUGGACCAGUUGUACGCACAUCCAGACUAUAUAAGUGGUAAUGAAACCAAAUCUGAUAUCGGAUUAAUUAAAUUGAAACAAUGGAUACCACUUCCAACUAAACGACAACCAAUCAGUCUUAUGAAUGCCAUUUGUUUGCCCACUAAUAGUAGUAUUAAAAGUAGUAGUAGUGGUAGAUAUACACCGUCUACUGGUAUAUAUACACCGUCUGAAAAUCUUAAUCAGUUGGCACUGGUAGCUGGUUUCGGUACUUAUGGCAAUCACUUGCAUACUGUUAAUCGUCUACAUAUUGGUUGGGUAUAUAUUAAAUAUAAUAAUGAUUUAGUAUCGUAUUAUAUGACACGUUAUCCUAAAUAUAGUGGUACAUCAACAUGUAGUGGCGAUUCUGGUGGUCCACUGUAUCAGUAUAUUAACGGUAGGGCAGUGCUCAUUGGUAUCAUUAGUGGCGCUGAAAAAUCUAAUACAAAUUGCUUGAAUCCAAAUGAUUACAAAAAACUAAUAUUAUUUGUACGCAUUUUACCGCAUUUGGAUUGGAUUACAAAUAUUGUAUCUAAUAAUUAG